AGCUUUCGUAAUGUAUUCUUUAUGCCCUUUUGGUUGCAAACACGGCCCUAUACCAUGAUUCCAGCACAGCCGUCAAUUGGUUACUCAAGCGUACUGUUCGUCAGGCCCAGUUGUCAUCACAAGUCGGGUGGUUAACUUUCCCAUAACAAAGUGGCUUUUUGGAAGUCCUGUACGCCUGACUGGUACCAAGACGAACGCUUCAGUAGCCUUGGACAAAGAUCGCACCGGACAAUCCAGCUCAGUCCAUAAUUCACACGCAACUACUACUUCAGUACUCUGCUUCCUAGAAGACCACAUCCUGCGGAAAAAAAUACUCUUUACCAGGGUUAUUAUUACGAAAAUUCUUCGAGGUCUGAUCCCCGGUAAUCUUAUCUUGAAACAGAGAUGAAGUACAGAGAAGUCAAGCGUAUUCACGUAUAGCAGUGGAGCCAGUUUGAACGGCCACUGAUUGAACUUUCAAAUCUAUACGGAAAGAGAGAGGUGUUCAAGUUGUGUCGUCAAAAAUAGAAGAUUUCUUUAUAAGCAAAGGUCGUAUAUAUAUUUAAAGAGUUAAGAAAUAAUUCAAGAUGUCUUAUGAGAAUGUCCCGUGUGCAAGUCCGGACACAGAAGGCCAAGAGGAACCAGCGCCAUCUCUGUACAGUGUUGAUACUCACGAAGAUCAAAUCCAGUCGGUUAAAAAAACAGUAUCUGUUCGCUCACGACUCGCUGAAACAGCAAAUAUUGAGGACCAUGUCAUAAUGAAUGAGGAAGAGAUUGCUCAGGUUAGAGAAUCGGUCUCUCGCUUGAACAGAAAGGAUGCUUACGUAGAGAACAGGGACUUUCGUCCGGCCUCAACUUCGGAGAGAAAAAAUGCUGAAGCGCAUGAGGGAGAGAAACUCGGGUUAGAAGAAAGAAGGACAAACUUUGGUUCUUUUUCUCGAGAACGAUGGAUUGAUUUGGCAAAUCAAAAGCGAAGCCAGUCGUAUGGAUCUGAAUACAACGAGAGACAAGGCCGUACAAAUAAUGCUGAGGUACCUUAUAAUGAAUUCGCAGAACGUGGAACGAGCGUGAUCAAACGAACCACACAGGAAAUGAGUUCAGAAAAUGAUUCUGACAGCAGAGAUAUAAAGAAAAUGAACCCAAAUAGCAAAGAAGACUAUAUAAAUCUUCAUUGCAAUGAAAGUAUUUCUAGUGAGGAUGCAGGACUAUCUGGCAAAAAUGCUAAUGUUCAUAGUAAUGAUCGUGUCUAUCAUUAUCACCGCAAUACCCACGAGGAUUUCAAAAAUAAAACACCUGUUGGAAAAAGGGAUAACAAGGAAGACUAUGAAAGCGAUAGCGAAAGAGACAGAGCUUCGAGACUUCAAGGCUCUAGAGACAUGGAAAAGAAUCUUGAUCAAAGAGCAGUGCCUCAAGUUUACUACAUGCAGUAUCCUAAUUUAGUGGCCAUGUCACAAGCAGGUGGCCCCCAGGCACUAGGUGUCUUACCAACCCAUGCUCAAAUGAUGAGAGAUCAGAUUAUUAGGGCUAGGUUUGCUGAUAACAGAGCUUUACAUCCUAGCCAAAGAGCAGAAUAUGCUGCAAAUAGGCCAGAACAGCAAGUUCCUGUAGCAAGCAGCCCUGGAGAUGCAACAGAAAAUAAUGGCAUGUAUGGAGUUCUACCCAACCAUAUUCAAGCUGCAGUUAGUAAUAACAUGCAGUAUGUUGAUAGACAAGGAUUAGUUCCACCUGGCUUUGCUGUUCUGCCAGGCAUAGGUCCAGUUAGAGUYAUUGAUGGCAUGUAUUACCAAGGUAUUCCCAUGGGAGCUGACCCUAGUCACUAUAAAGAAAACUUUGCUUCUGUUCCUACAUUUGUGCCAAACAUUCAAGGAGAAUCUACUGGCAUGCGUCAGCAGAGACCCUCAGUGCCUAAUACAGCCAAAACAACCAACACAGGACAACCUAGUGAUUCACAGGCAUCCACUACACAGGAGAAGUCAAUUAAUAAUUCAAAACCAUUUGUCAGUCCACACCAUGUCAACCCUGCAUCACCAUCAACAGCCAUGGAUGAGUCUAAAAGAUCUGAAUCCCCAUCCAUGUCAAUCAAUAGUGACAGAGAUAGCCCUCUGCCUCAAUCUGUGGAUGAUGUUGAUAACAAAUCCCAAGCUGCCAAAUCCAAAGGCAGACCCAAACCUGUUUCUGGAGGCAAGCCAGAGAUCAAGUGUGAGCAGUGUGGUAAAAUCUUUGGGUCAUCCAGUGCAUUGGCCAAACACAAACUAACACACAGUGAUGAAAGAAGAUAUGUGUGUUCUAUAUGCAGCAAAGGAUUUAAACGACAAGAUCACUUAAAUGGACACAUGGUGACACAUAGGGAUAAGAAGCCCUAUGAAUGCAGCUACCAAGAUUGUGACAAGAGUUACUGUGACAUGAGAUCACUUCGCAGACACCUAGAAAACCACCAUGCAGCCAACCAAGGCAGCAGCCAAGGAAGUAGAACAUCAAGCCCUGCACUAACCACAACAGAGACAACUGAUACUCUAUCUACUGCUAAUGUGGUCAAUGUAACUAAACCUGGUAGAGGCAGGCCACCUAAAGAUAGAGGUUUAAAACAUGAAGUACAUGAUGCAAUUUUGGAUCAUUUGAGAUCUGGUGAAUAUGAGAGUGGUAAGAGUUCUGGUACUUCAACGCCAGGUAGUACACAUGAUGCUGCAUAUGUAAGAGAUCAAACCAAAAUAGUCCUAUCAAGAGAGCGUAACAGUGACAGUUUCAGCUCUACUGGUUCAGAGGAGGUCGCACAUGUACCAGCAGACAAAGGGACAGAAGCAAUGCAAACAAGUGCAGAGGAAUCCAAACCACAUACUGCUAUUGACAUGCUGAAACAAGCUGCUGAGAGAGUACAAGAACACAGGGAGAAGCAGUCUGCUGUAGAACACUAUCCUCCUACUCAACAAUAUAUGAUGUACCCUGAGGGAAUUCCUUAUCCCCAGCAGUGGUACCAGGCUUCUGUUUUUCAAGGUCAAGACCCCAGGUUUGGUGUGUAUACAUACCCACCAAUGUUUGCCCAGCAAGUAUAUCAUGGCCAUCCAAUGAUAGUCAAUGGUCAAAAUAUCCAGAGACAACAACUAGCUGCUAGACUAUAUGCCGAAGCUGAUAAACACAGUGAAAUAGUUCAACAACAACAAGGUUCAAAUGCUUCACAUCCAGGCAAAGUUACUCAACAGUCUCCUUCAAUAGAAAAACCAUCAUCUUCUACAACACCGGGUACAUUCAUAAGACAGGCUGUACAGUCUACAGCUGCGGGCACACCAACUGAUCCUACUGCUAUUGCCAUAGCAACAGCCAAAGAAAAGGGACAACACCUUUACACCAGGGAAGGUUACUAUGGUGUUCAUCCAUCAGGCACACAGUGGCAACAAGUUAGGUAUGAUGAAUCUUCCAAACAAUACAAUACUUCAGAUGUAUCAAUGGGUAAUGUGAAGACCUCCAUCAGUCAUGUUGGCUCCCCAAGCAGCAACAGUAGUGCUAGUGAAGUUGAUAGUGAUAAUAUUGACCGUUACCCUAGGAGUGUCCAUUUUGCUGCUGGAGUAAGACAUGACAGAAAACCAGUAGAUAUGAGUUACCAAAGAACAGAUAACACUUUCCAUCAUGUUCCCGAAGGAAAUGUUAUAAAAGAAGAACAGAAGACAGGGAAUGUGAAGGAUGCUUCAGCUGAUGAUGGUAUCUUCAGGAAUCCUGCAGCAAUUGUGACACCCCAACGUAAACGCCGACCAGAGCCUCUCAAGAUUCCUCCUUCUGCUAGUACAGCUUACUUUUCCAAUCAUCCAGGAUCACCAACCAACAGGAAUAGACCAUGUUCUCCUCCUUACACUCCUCCUCCUAUGUUAAGCCCUCGCAGUGUGUUCAGCCAUGUCAAUGCUGCAGGAAAUCUGACCCCAAGAUCUAUGUUGCCACAGUUACCAAUGACUCCAAGUAGACUCUUACUCAGCAGUCGCAGCUGUAGAAGCAGCAUAGAUGGUGAAGAAGAAUCUCUUACCUUUCCUGAACCAAAAAUUAAUGUUGGUCCUCAAUUCCAAGCCAAGAUUCCAGAUAGACUUUUAUCCAAGGAGUUAGCAAAGAAUGAUGUGCACAAAGCUACACUGUGCUGGGUCCCCAUGGAUGAGAAGAAGAAGGGAAGGCCUGAAGAAAUUCAUGCAUUCUUAGAAAUGACUGCAUCUGCUGCUGUAUUUGGUGGUGGCUCAAACAAGGAGUAUGCUCUACAUAUAUUACGAAGAACUAAAGGAAACAUCAAGGAAGCUGUUAAGUUAAUGCUGAGUAAGAAAUAUGUAAGGGUACCAACUGAUCCCAUGUUUGAUUACCAUUAUGAAGGUUCAAUAAAGUGGUCGGCCAGAGAAAGACAGUCUUUCCGCAAUGCUUUCAGGGCAAAAAACAAGGAUUUCAAUGACAUUCAAAAAGAGAUUGGCACCAAGACAGUUCAAGACUGCGUAGAAUUUUAUUACCUUUGGAAGGCAAACAACCCCGAGGCAGUAAGAGGAAGAACCAGAUACAUUGACUCUGAUUCAUUUGAAGAAGAUGUUGAUUAUGACUCUGAUAGUGAAACCAGCAGUAAUCCUUCCUUAUUUGAAUGUGACUUUCCACAGUGUAGCGCAAAAUUCGUCUCAAGGCAAGCACUCAAUGGUCAUAUUCGUGUACAUGGCGGAAGUUUCAUGAAACCAAGCGAACCACGAAAAAGACGAAACCCCGCAACAACAUCACUAAACCAGGAUAGUGUACCUGUAGUGGUUAAAAAACGUAAACCAUACGUUCCAGCACCUAUGCCACAACCUACUGUAGAAGGUGGACCUUUACCCGAAUAUGCAUGUAAAGUCUGUGGAAGAAUUUUCCAUAAGAUCAAGAGUCGUUCUGCUCACAUGAAAACACACGUAAAGAGGCCCGAUGAUAAUGACAAACACGACAUGCAACACUGAGGUGACUAUCGUCACGAUCAGCUAUCGAUUCCCGCCGGUCUCCCGACGCCCGGUAGCUGUCUACCCGCCCGGCCAAUCGAUAAUUCCUCGUAAAGGCCAAGACAGCCGGCCAAAGUUCCUAAAUCUUAUACAUGUACAAUCUACUAACAGAGAACAGAGUACGAAGCGAUAGGGUGCAUGGUAUACCGUUAAGAAUAUUGUAAGGGCGCUCGUCGCAAGAGUGCAUAUUAAUUUAUUCUAAUUUAUUAAUGUAAUGUAGAGGCCUAUGAGAAGAUGAAUUUCCUUGUAUGUAGGCCUUGCUGUGCAUCAAUUGGACCGUCACAGGUCAAUAAUUCUUGUAUAUUAAGGUAUAUUUACUCUCCUGAGCCGUCAGUCAAGCGACUCGCAGUAAUCAUGACUAAUUUGUACAGAAAUUCCUUGAGGUUAAUUCACUUUCGCGAAUAAUUUAAGUUCAGUUAUGAUCGUAACACGUGUGUGAGGCAGGGAGUGUCAAGACGAACAAACGAAGUGCCUUGUGUUUUACACUGGUUCGCUGCCUCCUCUAACUUAGCUUUAGACAGAAUUAACGAUGACGACGGGGUUUCAAGAAUGAUAGCUAGCAUAGAGUCUUGAGACCUUGUCGUGUUUGAUAAGUCUUUCUAUUGAUUACGGCAAAGUUACGCUGACUGACACAAUUAAACAAUACAGAACUUCUUAAAAUUUCAAGAAAUUCUUCACUUUGAAGAAACUUUCAUAAAUUCAUUUUUUGUCGGUGCAAUAUUCGUAUUUUAAUGCGUUCCACGGAAAAUGGAACCAGAUCUGAAGGGCUUUUGUAAAUAGAUAUCAAUUUCUAGUUAUUUUUCAUUGUUAAGUACCUGGACUAAGUUUUUUUUGACUUGGUUCUAUUGAUGGAAAAUUACUCUAUGAACUGAAGCGUAAUAGUGAAUAGAGACCUCGUAAAGUGUCUUGGUGUGGAGUGCAUCAAGAUAAGACAAAGAAAACAAUGAUCCUUGUUGAACCUCCUUUUUUGCAUGGAUACUAAGUGACAUAAAUAUUGAGAAAACAAUUGAUAUUGUCUUUCCUUACUAACACAAUUUGUAUCUACAAAAGUAAAAUCUCUUUUCGGUAAUGCUUCUUGUGAUCUUCCAUUUUUCGAUAUAAAUAUGUGGUUUGUAAGGCAAGAUAAACAACUCCAUCUUACAGACAUGCUAGACACAAGUUAGUAGUUCACUAUAUUCUACGCGUGUCCUACAAGGCAGAUAAUCACUUAGUAAUAUGAUUUUCUCAUUGUCGGCGUAAUGAUAUUGGUUUGAAUUAGUGUCAUGGUGACAGAAUUCUUGGCGUAUGCAGUCUGUCACGUGACGCAGCAUUGGUUCACGCGACUGUAGCGUCUAAUUGAUCAUCUGUUUGGACAUGUUUUUUAAUAUUAGUAUAAGAACCACACAGCAGCAUUUCUUCAAUAUACACACAAGAAUAUUUUUGUUUAAAUAUUUUUAUCUAGGAUACGUAGACAGCUGGUAGAAAUAGAACAUAAAGCAAACAUACGAGGAUAGUGAUGGAAUUGGGAAUAGCACAAGCUGAUCUGCUCUACUCUCAAAAAAGAGUUACAAUGAACUUGUCUCGCACGGUAUUAUGGGGCUGGAUUGUCAAUCCUCCAGUCCAACACUUCCUUGCAGAGCGGUCAUCAGUUGGGUUAGUUAUACGAGUUGAUCAAAUAUUUGUCGUAAAUGCGGUUGCGUUAGAUGUUGUGUUUGCUUCAAGCCCGUCGGUCUUCACUAAGUUAUAUGAAUAUAGAGCUGUGCUCAGUGUCAUUAGAAACAGCCCAUCGUUUACUGCAGGCAGUACCAGUAGUUGGUUCAGAGCAGGGCUGGGUUUAUUCUACACAAUGUAAAUAGAUUUACAUAAGCCAAUAGUAAAUAGAUUUCUUGUAUAUAAUGUAGUUCAUGUUACAAAAUAAUGGUGCUGAAUGAAUAAACCAUGAAUUACUGCUGUA